UAAAAACUCUCCAGCAUGACUGAUAGUGUCAGAGCAGCGACUGCAGGAUCAGGGUUUUUUUUUAUGAGGAUCCCAACUGACAUUGAAAUGGGAGUUGGAUCAGACUCAGAACGGUCAAAGAUGAGCAAUGUCAUGAAUAAAACAGGAAGAUCUAUGGGAGUAUGGAUAAGGGGGAAACUCCAGAAGAUAAAAAGACCCUCCAACCCUCAGGAAGGCAUCAACACUUCCCCACUGAUGGAUGAACCCCAGUCAUUAUUUGUUACAGAUUCUUCAACUGCAAUUCAAACUUUUGAGCAACUUUAUGAUGCAGAGUGCUUAUUUGAGGCCAGCCUUGUGCUGAUAGACAGAGAGAAUCAGCUCCUUGGGAAGAAACCAGAGGAAGAAGCACAACAGAUGGAAAAGAUUACUGCAGAUCGUAAAGUUCUGGAAAAAAAAUUACUGCGCACUAUACAGCAGAGUCUGUCUCUGAGUUUUGAACAGGUCCAAGACAAGGCUGCAGUCUCUGCUCUAACGAUGGUUUUAACAUCUGCUGUGAAGGCAAUCUAUCAAGAAGAAGAGCAGGAUCUGCUUAGGAAACAGGAGAGGAGAGGAACACUAAGCAAUUGGAAGACUCUCCAUGAUUCAACUCUUCAUAGUUUAGUCGAGGACCGCAUGGACAACCCCUCAGUACCCAUUGCAGACCUAACUGGACAGUCGUCUAUCCAGUUGGACAUCCAUGGUAUGGGGAGACAGUUAAAGGAGGACCUGCUGAUGGUGAUCAAUGUGCUAAAGAGCUGCUACCCACUUGAUGCAAAUAUCUGUCAGUUUUAUGCAAGGCUAUAUCACCAAAGCCUGAGUGCCAGACUCAGAAAGAUUGUGGACUAUGUUCUGGAUGACAAAGACUGUACCUUCAUCCUGCGUUGGGUCAAUGAGUAUUAUCCAGGAAUCCUCAAAAAUCCAGAACUUGCCAGUGAAAUUGACACAACAGCUCUGGGUAAACUGUUACCUGACGAAUUGCUGGAUAACCUUGAAAAGCAGUACCUAGCGACACAACAGAGUGAGCUGUCAACUUGUAUGGACCGAGUUCUGGAGGAGGAAAAGAGAAAAUGGAUUGAAGGAGAGCAGCCGGCAAUGGAGGAUGGCAGCUUCACCAGUCCUCUGGCCUAUGACAUCAUUCAGUUCAUCAAUGGUAUGGUUAAGGCAGCAGAAACAGUCACAGGAAGCCAACGACAGGCCCAGAAGAUAACAUGUCAACUCCCAGAUCUGUUGCAGAGGUUUAAAGCUUUCCAAGAAGACAUCAUCAAACAAAACAAAUUAUACAGCAAGGCAUACGUCAAAGCUAUCCUGGGUUGUGUCGAACAGUUCGAAGAUAUUCUCCAGAGGAAAGGACAUUUGUUUCCAGACAAAGUACAGAAAAACUGUUUGGCUGUUCUGACAGACAUGAAACAAUCUGGCCACACCUUUCUUUUAAGCUCUGUGCACAAGAACCUGAAGCCACAGUACCAGAAGCUGGGAACCAAUGACUGGCUGAAAAAAACAACUCUGUUUGAGAAGCUACUGAACGACAUGGAACAUGAACUCCAGGACCUUGAGGGUAUGACUCCGUCUUGUCACCAGGAUGUGAUUAGCAGGUUUCAUGAGGAAGUGACCCGAGAAUAUGUGAUGAGGCUCCUAAGAGGAGAAGUCAAACUGAAGGACAGAGGACAUCAGCAGAAGGCCUUUAUCACUGUGACAAAGAAUGCAGAGAGUUUGCACGACCUCUUCAACAAACUGGGGUCCAAGAAGGACUGGUUAAACGAAAUCCUGAACAACAUUGCAGAAGUGCUUAAGCUCCAAGAUAUCCCUGCUUUGCAAAUCCAAAUAGUUUCAAUGGGACAUGCUUAUCCUGACCUCAGUGAAAGACACGUCUCGGCUUUGCUCAAACUCAAGACAAACGUCUCUAGGGAAGACAGACACAGGGUGAAGGCCACUCUUUCAGACGCUCGGGACGGAUCCAACGAAGGAGUCGAGCGUCUGUAUUUUUUCUCCAAAGUAGUAGUGAAAUAAGCUGGUAUUACUUAUUUAAAUGUUGAUUGAGAAGUGCUUUGUGGAUUGUUAUUUAUAAGUUCAUACUCAAUUAUCUUUUCAGUGCUUUUGUUUAAACCAUGUAGAAGCAAAUCACACAGUUGGCAAUAUGCACACUGAAAGAAAACAUUCUGUUAAAACUUUCAGUGUAUCGGCUAUUUUAUUUUUUUAAGAGAUGUCAUGGGGUUCUUUGCAGUAUAAAUAUAAUAGCAUCUGAUUACAGAAAGGCCAAAUAUUCUGUAUAUGUUUGUCUUGUACAUAAAUAAAUAAUUUUAUAUUAAA